CUAUCCUCCACUUCGCUAACAGAGCUUCACCGGUUCGAUCUCCGAUCAGUUAGACCCGAGGACCGCCUGUUUUCACCGAGUCAUUGUUAAUUUCUCAUUGCCUUCAAUGCUUAAUGAUUGACUAAUGGCAUGAUCGAUCAAAUUCAAUAUCCAACUACGAGUUUACGGGACGCGUCUUGAUUUUGCAGAUACUCUGUUAGUGCAAUAAUGAAUUUUCUACUUAGAUCUACUCCUGCCGUGCCUGCAGAGCGACCAUCUGUUCAAGAAACUCCUCCUCCAGUUGCUCCUUACGCGCCAAAACCAGCAAUAACUUUGGAGAGUCUGAUUUCUGAAAUGCCAUUUCCGCAAUAUUCUGUAGUUGAUGAUAUUGAUGAUGAGGUCGAUGCAUCUGCCGGUGAAAAUGGAAGUAUUGCUGGUAAUAAGGAGAACAGCGGCUGUGCUAGUGUAGGGAAGCACUCUGAUGUUUCCGAGGAAGAAGGGUGGAUUACCAUUCCAUGCAAGGAUCUAACUAGUGAGUGGAGAAAUGCAUCAGAUGUACAUUCGUUACGCAGUAAGGACAGAUCUUUUGUCUUCCCAGGUGAACAAAUAUGUAUCUUGGCAUGCUUAUCUGCUUAUAAACAGGAUACAGCAACUAUCACUCCUUUUAAAGUUGCAGCAGUUUUGAGUAAACAUGGAAAAGGACACAGUCCUAGAAAACAAAAUGGAAACAUGGAUGAUGGAACUAAUUCCACAAACGGGGAAAGGCGGCCAAGUCCGGACCAAAGUACAAUUCAAAAUGGUGAAAAUCUAUCAAGUGAGAAGAUUGAUUCAUCAGAGGAUGUUUCUGCCAGUGAAUCUCUUCUUAGAAUGGAAGAUCACAGGCGUCAAACAGAAACAUUGUUACAACGAUUUAAGAACUCUCACUUUUUUGUAAGAAUUGCUGAGUCUAGUGAUCUCCUUUGGUCAAAGAAAAUAUUUCCUGACAAGCAUAGUGACUGUGAAGUGGUGGGUGAAAGCACUGUUAAUUCUAGCUUAAAUGCUGAUCAAGGAAAUUUUGGUUCCAAUGUCUCUGGUGGCGUUGCAAGAGGUACCUUUAAGUGCUGCUCUCUUUCUGAUGGAAGCAUAGUGGUGCUUUUACAUGUGAAUGUUGGUGUUGACAUAUUGAGAGAUCCAGUAUUGGAAAUUCUUCAAUUUGAGAAGUACCAAGAGCGGACAAUGUCAUUUGAGAAUCAGGAUGGCUUAAGUUAUUCAAGUCUGGAUCCAUAUGGAGAAUUGAUGAAAUGGUUGCUUCCUCUGGAUAACACCAUUCCUCCUAUUACCCGCCCUCUAUCUCCUCCCCGUUUAAUUCCCAAUGCAGGAAUCAGUGGCACUUCUCAGAAGUCAAAUGCGUCUGCUUCAUCUGGCUCUCAACUCUUCUCCUUGGUCCAUUUUAGAAGUUACUCUAUGUCCUCUAUACCUCACAAUACUGCACCACCUCCUGCACCCAUUAAAUCUGCAAGUUCAAAGCCAAGCUUUGAACUUGAAAACUGGGAUCAGUUCUCACCUCAGAUGUCCUCAAAGAGAAAAAGACUUGGGGUCCGUGACCUUUUAUCUUUCCGAGGUAUCUCUUUGGAGCAAGAGAGAUUUUCCGUUUGUUGUGGACUGAAAGGAAUUCAUAUUCCUGGAAGACGAUGGAGGAGAAAACUUGAAAUUAUUCAUCCUGUUGAAAUCCAGUCUUUUGCUGCUGAUUGCAAUACGGAUGACCUUUUGUGUGUUCAAAUUAAGAAUGUGUCUCCAGAUCAUAUACCAGAUAUCAUAAUAUAUAUUGAUGCUAUUACAAUUGUUUUUGAAGAGGCAUCAAAGGAUGGACUUCCCUCAUCAUUACCAAUUGCUUGCAUAGAAGCAGGGAAUGAACACAGCAUACCAAAUUUAGCCAUCAGGAGAAACGAAGAGCACUCUUUUAUUAUCAAACCAGCAACUUCUAUGUGGAGGAAUAUAAAGGCUUGUGGAGAAAGAAAUUCUCAAUCAUCCCAAUUGCAGGCUGGAAAUCCGACAUCAAGUUUGUCCCUUACCUCCAAGAGUACUGAUCAAUAUGCAAUUAUGGUAACUUGCCGGUGCAACUAUACUGAGUCAAGAUUGUUUUUUAAACAACCAACAAGUUGGCGACCUCGAAUUUCAAGCGAUCUUAUGGUCUCUGUGGCGUUAUCUGGGGAUCCCCUUAAACCCAAUGGAAUUGGUUCUCACCUUCCUGUUCAGGUUUUGACACUUCAGGCGUCAAAUUUAACAUCCGAAGAUCUGACCAUGACGGUUCUUGCUCCAUCUUCAUCCUCUUAUCCAUCCGUCAUUUCAUUGAAUUCCUCAUCAUCAUCACCUAUGAGUCGAUACUGGGUUUUAAAUGAAGUUGCUGGUGAGAAGUAUAGUACAUCACUGGAAAGGCCGAGAUCAAUCCCUGUUGCAUCUGACAAUCAAAGACACAAUGUUGAUUUUGGAGGCCGGCCAAUUCCUUUUGAAGAACUAUCUUCUCCCAUGUCAGAUAUCAUACCAAGUGCUGGUUUAGGUUGCUCGCAUUUGUGCCUCCAGAGUAGAAUUCCAUUAGGAUGUAUUCCUUCUCAAUCCACAACUACCAUCAAACUUGAGCUACUUCCCUUGACUGAUGGCAUAAUUACUCUUGAAACGUUACAGAUUAAUAUCAAGGAAAAAGGUGUUACGUAUAUCCCCGAGCACCCACUGAAAAUAAAUGCGACUUCCAGCAUUUCUUCUGCGAUUAUUUAAGAUGGUUCCUAGUAUUUCACAUUUAAUCUCGAGCACUGCAAGGGCCCAUCCAAGGCCCGCCCUUUCGGCCAUUCUUGAAUCAGAAUUUUUAUGGUUUCUAGGCCAAUCAACGACCAUUCGCGCUCGUUUGCCUUCUCUUUGAGUGUGCUUGAUAUACCCAUAUCAAUCUAUCUUGGAUAUAUAGCUUUUAGUUGUGUGUUGUAAGUUGUGUAUCCCUCGUCUUGGAAAUGGAAUCGAUGUACAUCCUGGAAUCUCAAAAUAUAUACCUGUUUCACUUCUUUUUUUUUUUGAUUGUGCUUCUAGGUUACUGCACCCAGAAAACAGUGGAGAAACUGUGAAUCUGCAACUUUUUCUGUGGCUGCUUUUUGAUACAUUAGAUUGACGUUUUCUGCGCGGAGCAAUCAUCCAAAAUAGACCACACAAAAUUAAGCCAACUUCACUGGACAGGUCUAGUCUAAGUUUCAGAAUUGAAUUAUUGAUGCUGUUCUUGAUAUUUAUUGGAUAUUAUUUGACUUUAUUAGUUG